AUGCGAUUCAUCCGAAACAUUGUGUCCUCCAUCCUAUUGGGCUUGGCAGCGGCAUCAUACGACCCGGCAUUCGACUCGGAAUGCGCCAGCGACGGUAUCUGCCUGUCGUCGUUCAAAUGGUGCAGAUACGACGCCUUCAGCCCCUCUGGCGAUGAUUGCGACUGGCCACAGGGCGCCAGCUCAUUGUGGGCAAGCGGCGCCGGCGCCAGGACGGCCCUCUUAGAGUCUGAGUAUGGGGCCGGCGCAGACCUGACUGCCAACAAGAAAAUGUCGGGCACAUACCGCUUCACGCCGCAGACGAUACUAGACGCGUACCGCGCGAACCCCAUGCCCGGCAUCACGAUGGAGGCGGCGUGGCUCAUGGCCCGCACCCGGCGGAACGUCAUCACCAUCUCGCAGCCGAGCGCGUCAUCGGAUGCGCCGGCCGACUCCUCGCACAACUUUCUGCUAGCGGAUGCGGAAUUCGACCAGGUACUCGCGGACAGGCGACAGGCGUCUGCGCGGGACCUUGCCGCGAGCCAGAAGAGGUGGGGGAUCGGUGUCGGCGUCGGUGUCGGGAUCGGCCUGCCGCUGGUCGUGGCGCUCACGUGGAUCGCGGCGUGUCGUAAGGCGACGGGCAGGAAGGUCUGGAGCGUGCGAUCGUCUGACAAUGUCCAGUUUGGCAGGGCGAGUGCGUGA